GCUCUGGGAAAGGCGGCGGAAGGGGAGGAGCGCUUCGCCGCAGCGACCCACUGCGCAUGACCGUCCCCGGUUGCCUAGGCAGCGGAAAGGCGUCGCCCGGAAGAGGAGCCCCGAUGAACUGCCGGCUCCAAAACCCAUCCCCUGUGGAUUCAGGUCAGACCUGGGGCAGUGUUGACCAUGGCAAAGAAGAUGAGGCGCAGAGCCUGAUGCAAUGCGAUGGCCUUCUGCCUAGAAGUCCGAGGAUUCAGAGCAGCAAGGGGAACUGGCCCACACGGGCAUCAAAACUAUGGCGGACCUUUCGCAGGAGUCCUUCGAGUCCUUUACUGAUGAGGUACAGAGUUCCUGUUCAUUCAGCACCUCUGAAGGACUGCAGCCCUCGUCCUGUGCCCCUGGGAGCAAACCUGGGAGUGGAACACCGGCUACAUGCUUGGAAUAUGGAGACAAGCAAUCUGAGCUUUCAGACUUCAAAAAUAGUGAAAAGAAGUUGAGCAGAAAAUGGAUCAAUAACCUCAAGGGCAAGGAAACGAACUCUGGACAGUACCAAACAGAAAUCACUCAGGCAUCUCUUGAAGAACUGAAUGCUCUUCAGUCUUUCUGUGCCGUUAAGAUAAACCUGAUCCAUCACAGAGUGAACUCUAAGGGGAAAAAGAGCAACCGACAUAAAAAGCUGCAGCUUAGAUCAGAUGCAGAGGCCCCAGAGAUAGAUGCCUUAAACUGUACUGUCCCUGAUGAGCUUUUGAACAGAAUCUAUUUUAAAAACAUGAGGACAACAUCCGAACAGGUGGCAACAGAUAAGCAACACAUUUCUUCUCAUUGUCCCAACUGUAACAAGAAAAGAGAAGAACUGGCCCUAUCUGCCUUCCUGAAACAGAAAAAGACUUUACUGGAGUCACUUCUACUCCAAGAGAAAAUAGAUGAAUAUCUUCAUACGAAAGACUUUCUUACCCGUAUUGGAGAAGCACAUCAGAGCUUUCCCAGUCUUUCAGAUGACCCCAAAACAAUCUGGAAAAGACUGAGUGAGAAAUGUCACGUCGGAUACUCUGGUUUUGAAAGGUCAGAUACAGAGCAGAAGAUGUAG